AUGGACAGAAUCAGGUCAUACAAAGACCUCAAGCCCCCGUUCGACAAUGGACGAUUCCCACUGUACGACGCGCCUCUCAAGCCUUUAGAAACGGCCUCACGACGCUCACACCUGGGGAAAUACAUUGUGCGGGUUAUGCCAUCCUUCAGCAAAUUCAUCGACGUGGAGUGGAAGAAAGCCGAGAGCAAGAUCUGUGAGAAUCUUGCAUCUGAGAGGUACAUGUCUGUCAGUGAGCCCUGGUUCGAGUACCAGGUUGAUAGAAUUGUAUACCUUCACUUCUUUGCGACGUUCAAGGCGUUCUUCGAUCGCGAUGUUCCGGGCUUGCCUUGGGAGGACAUUACCGACAAGUACCUGAAAUCGCAGCAGGACAAGAACUCGUCUGUAUACGUCGAGUACCUGAAGAGACAGGAGUCUCAAGCUCAAAAGAGCAAUCCUGUCGAAAAGUCGACACUCGCGCAAGACACGAACGAGAUGGGGAAUGUUGAGGGACCUGCUACUGAGAGACGAGUGUUGACCAGCUCCAAACUCAACCCUAGAGCUUUGGAAUUUCGCCCCCCUCAAGACGGAGGGCGACGACAGACAACUGGUGAGCCGUCAGGGCGUGCUUGGGUUGCGACUCGAAGUGGCAAGCGUGGCAAGCGUCCGGUGAAUCGCAGAGGCAAGCAGGAGGGUGAUGUCGAUAUGGAUACUGGCAAUAUGGCCAGGCUGGCGAUGUGA